AUGUCUACCCUGGCCAUUGACGUCGAGAGGACCGCGCAAAACGGCGUGACCAGCUCGAACGAACCCUCGCCGGUGGGCAGCAUGACCCACUCCCCCACCGGGCGAAAAUCGCCUUUCACGGAGGAUCGGAUAGCCUCCAUCGUGGGCAAGAAGACGCUGAGGCGGGAGAGCAGCCGGGGAAGCGCGGGAUCGCUCGCGGGUUUAGGGUUAGCCGGCGACGCCUCCGCCGCCACCAGCCCGUACGGCUCCGCGCCGCCGUCCCGCCGCGAGUCCAUCGGCGAUUUGUCCGCCGCGGAUGACAACGGAGGUUGGAGGGACGAUGUCGACGCCUCCGCCGGGGAUGACGCGGCGAGCGUCGGGGGUGCGUCUGUAUCGUCGGGGAUGGACGGCGGCCGGCGACGGAGCCUGGGACGCGCGUCGGGCGCGUCUUCCGUCAUGUCGUUCGCCAGCACGGUGAGCGCCGGCGGCGGGGGCUCCCGCGCGAAGCCCGCGGAUACCAACCUGCCGGGCGCGCCGGGCCGGUUCCUGUCGUGGCUCCCUCGCGAGCCCACGCUGGAGGGCACGCUCGAGAAGCAGAAGAGCGAGGGCUACUUCGGCUCCAUCUCCCGGAUGUUCGGGAUGACGAAACGCGGGUGGAAGAUGCGACACUUUGUGCUGUACGAUAACCACCUGUUCUGGGGCCGCGGGUUCAGCCGCAUGUACGGCUACGGCACGGUGCUCAGCGCCAAGCCCGCGCCGGAGGAGGGCGAGACGGCGUUUUCGCUCGAGCUGGUGACGCAUCCAAAGUUUUCGUUGCGGCGUGGAGGGUACGAUUCGCUCGAUUACAUGCAGCGGCUGUACGGGCUGUGCUGCAGUACGCACGGGUACAGCGUGCGGGUGAUGCGAGCGGGAACCGUGCUGGACCGGGACCGGUGGAUCUCGUCGCUCCAGCGGGGACUGCCCCCGCCGGACGGUACGACGCGACCGAACGGUACAAACACCCCGACGUCCCCCAUAGACGCGAUCGACUCGCAGGAGCAAUCCGUGUUUGGACUCUCGACGCCCAAGAUGUCGCCGAGGUCGUCGCCCGAACCGCCCGAGGUCGUCGCCGGCGGCUUGGCGCGAUCGCCAGGGAGCUCGGAAAACAUCGCGGAGAAGGUCGAGGAAUCCGGCGGGUUCUCGCCGCGAGUGGGGAUCAAAAAGUCCCCGCGGGCCAAGGCGCCCGCGACGCUGGAAGAGGCGCGAGAGCAGAGCGGGCUGUGGACCCCGCGCGACACGACGGGCGCGGAGGCUGAAGCCGCGGCGGCGUGGGAGGCUGCGGCGCACGCGGCUAUGCUGUCCGAGGCGGCGGCGGCGGAGGAGGAACUCGCCAGGGAGGCUGAGGAGGAGAUCAAGGCCAAGGCGGACGCGGCGAAGAGAGUGGCUAAUCGCGCGGAUUCGCGGGGGGGAGGAUCCGUCUCGUUUGCCGAUGCUUUGGACAGCGUGCUCGAGGACGAGGCCCGCGCGGAGUCGAAGACGCCCAAGGCGACUCCCGUGCCCGGCGGCGGUGGUAAGCCCCCUCGACCGGGGAAGGGCUUCCCCCCCAAGAAGCACGAUUCGGCUCAGAGCAUCAAUCGAUCGUCGUCCAGCUCGGGAAGCGACGAGGACGUCAAGGACUCCGCCAGGGGUUCGCCGGAGGAUUCGACAUCCCCAGCCGACGAGCCCGACUCCCCCGAACCCGACUACGACACCGCGGACGAGGCUCUCAGCGACGCCGGCAGCGCCAGGACGGUUCUCGGGACGGAUGACAAGACGAGCGGAGGAGGAGGCGCCGGAUCGACGGGGCGGCGCGGCGACUCCGUCCCAGCCGAGUGGCUCGCGGCCAACACCGGCGGCGUCCGCAGGAACCGUCUCAAGUCCCAAGUCCCUCCCGUCUCCGUGCUGCGAAAGACGAGCUCGAUCGAGCAGAAGAGCCGACACUCGAAGGGCGGGUCGCUGCACAUCGCCGACGCCAUCGGCUUGCUCGGCGGCGGAUCCGGGUCGAACCCCGAACCCACCGACGGACCUGGUUCGCUUCGUCGCAAGGUGAGCUUCAGGGAGGAGGGCGAGAUCGAGAGCACCAAGCUGUACGCGCCCACGCCCACGAAGCGUAACCCGCAGGGCGUGGGCCAGACGUCGGCCAAGUACGCGCCCUUUGCCGCGCGGGGCGACGGCGGCGGCGUCCCCGGGACGAUCAACGAGUUGGACGAUCCCUCCUUCGAUGAAGCCCUCGCGGGGCAGUUCGGGUCCUUUUCGCAGCAGCGGGCGCUGCAACAGGCGGCCGGGCGGUGGGUGAUCCCGCCGCAGGAGCUCAAGCUCGGGCGGCGCAUCGGCAGCGGUUCCUUCGGCGUCGUGUACACCGCCGACUGGAACGGGACCGAGGUUGCGCUGAAACAGAUGCACGAUAAGAGCCUGAGCGCGUCCAACGUGCAGGAGUUCAGCGGCGAGAUUCGAAUGAUGCAGGGCAUGCGGCACCCGAACAUCGUGCUCUUCCUCGGCGCCGUGAUCCAGGCUCCGAGGCUGAGCAUCGUGUGCGAGCUCAUGCCCCUCGGGUCGCUUCACGCGCUGCUCCACGGCAAGACGCAGAACGGCGUCGAGCUGGCGACCAACGGUCGGCUUCGCCGGCAGAUGGCGCAGGACUGCGCGCGGGGGAUGAGCUACCUUCACAGCAGGUCCCCGCCGGUGGUGCACCACGACCUGAAGCCCGCGAAUUUGCUCGUGGACUCGCACUGGACCCUCAAGGUUUCCGACUUUGGCAUGUCCCGUCUGAAGCACAACACGUACCUGAGCUCCAAGUCCCCGGGAGGGACCCCGGAGUGGAUGGCCCCGGAGGUGCUUCGAAACGACCCGACGGACGAGCGAUCCGACGUGUACUCGUUCGCCGUCAUCCUCUGGGAGCUGAUCACGCUCAAGUAUCCGUGGGAAGAGCUCUCGUCGCCGGUGCAGAUUGUCGUGCAGGUUGCGUUUUUGCACCGAAGGCCCAAGCUGCCCACGUGGCUCCCCGCGGAGGCUGUCGCGUUGCUGCAGCAGUGCUGGCACAAGGAUCCCGACGAGCGCCCCGCGUUUUCCGCCAUCCUCGGCGCCUUAAAGGCGGAGAUGCCCGAGGCGUGGGUGGAUCAGCCGACGGAAUCGCCCAAGGCGGCGGCGUUUGCCGAGCUGGCGCGCAAGGAGCAGCCCUUCUCCGGGCCCAUCUCGCCGCAGCGACCCCGCCGCCGCGAUCGGGCGCCGAGCCCCAGCGGCAGCGUCAACAGCGUCAACUCGCUCGCGUCGUCCGUCAACGACUCCCUCGGCGGCUCCCUGCGAAGCGCGUCGCCGUCCAUCGAGGGUAACUUUGUCACCCUCACCGGCUUGAAGCCCAUCAAGACGCCAAAGCCGGCGAAGAAGAAGGGUUCGAGCGCGUUGGGGCCGAAUCACAUGAGCGAGAACGGCGCCGCCGCGGCUGAGGAGGAUGACGACGACGACGACGACGAGGACGUGUUCAAGGGGUUCCCCGGGAUGGGACGCGUCAAGGUGCCGGGAACCGCGAGGAGCGCCGGGUCGGCGUCCGCGAACGACGGCUUGCGGACGCCGCCCAUGUCGCCGUCGAGGAGCGCCCCGGGAUCGUCGUCCUCGGGCGGGGUCAAGUCGCCGGACAUGGCCGCCGCCGCGGGGGUGCUGCCGAAGCUCUCGCCGCUGAAGAUCGUCCGCAAGUUGCCGACGAAGUGA